AUGAUCAUGCUCAGGCCCCUGGGACUGCUUCUCAGUCUAGGAACCGUGGUGUCGGCAGCUUGUGUUGCUCCAAAGCCAGCAUGCAGCCCACACAACAUGGCUAUUCGAAAAGAAUGGGGUGAGAUGGCUCCUGCUGAGCGGAUCAGCUACACGGAUGCCGUUCUAUGUUUACAGCGACUUCCACCACAUCUUCCAACAGCCGAAUACCCGGGUGUCCGAAGCCGAUUUGAUGACUUUGUUGCCACUCAUAUCAACUAUACCCUCCAUGUCCAUUACAGUGGACUUUUCUUGCCAUGGCAUCGCCAAUUUCUAUGGCUGUGGGAGAGAGCAGUGCGAGAAGAAUGCGGAUACACAGGUCAUCUUCCAUACUGGAAUUGGCCCCUCUGGGCCGAUGACCUAGCCAACAGCCCCCUCUUCGAUGGCAGUGAGACAUCUCUCUCGGGAGAUGGAGAAUAUAACCCGGGUGAACAAAGUAUUUCUAGCAGUGGAGUCACAAUUCCACGCGGAAGCGGCGGAGGCUGUGCUCGAAGUGGUCCCUUUAAAGACAUGCAAACCCACCUAGGCCCCUUUUCCCGCAGCCUAGCCUCUCUGACCGAGAUCCCGGCACCGGGAUUCGACUACAACCCCCGGUGCCUGAACCGAAGUCUGAACGACUGGGUCGCUAGUCACUACAGCAAUACGACCAUCGUGUCUCAAUUAAUGGCCGCACCCGAUAUUAACGGGUUCCAGAUGGUGAUGGAUCACUGGCCGGCCCGACCGGAGGGCGUCCUGGGAGUGCACGGAGCCGGACACUUUAGUCUCGGCGCGACAUUACAGGACCUAUUCGCUUCUCCGCAGGAUCCGGCAUUCAUGCUGCAUCAUGCAAUGAUCGACCGGGUGUGGGCCAAAUGGCAGGAUGCCGACGACAGUCGGCGCAAUGCGCUUAAUGGGACUAAUGUUAUUACAAAUCCCCCCUGGGCUUCACUCGUCACUUUGGACACUGUGAUGGAGUGGGGAGUACUCGAUCGGCCUCGCCCGAUUCAUGAGGUCAUGAAUCCAAGAAUCAACGAGUACUGCUACAAAUAUACAUAA